AUGGCCGCAUCCCCAGAUGUAGCCGAGGCCAAUGGUCUGGAAGAUCAUAGUGAUCUUUUCGGCGACAUCGAGCCCGAUGAGAUGGAAGUCGACGACUCCACCGCAAAGCAGGACGAUGACGACCUCCAAAAGAUUCUCAAUACUCUGGCCACAGAGGGCAAUGUCAACGGCUUGGAAGGCUUCGACAGCAAGGAGAUUGACCAAACCGACAAGGCAGACAAUGCCAUUGACUUCGAAGACUUGAGCGACGACGAUCUAGCCUCCGAUGAUGAUGCCGCCUCACCGGCCGGCCCUACAGCCGCUACCUCGCAGGUCCCCGGUCUCACAGAAGACAACGGCAGUCACGAUGCCGACGUCGAAGGCGACGCCGAUCUCGACGAUCUUUUCGGCGACCGAGAUGGAGGACAUACGGAUCUUCCUCCGUCAUCUCCUGUCCACGAUAAUGCGCCAGCCGCCCCAGAGUCCCCGGUCGAGGCGCUGAAAGCCCCUCCGGCAGCUGUUGCUGCUAAUGUCACCGACGACGACUGGAAUACCAUGUCUUGGGAAGAGAGAUUCAAGUUGAAUUUUCCGCAACAAGAGCCGAAUAGUAUUAGUGAUUGGAUCACGGAUCAGACGCAACAUCAAGACCCCUCGAUUCCGGUGCCCCCUCAAAACAUUGACGAGCUCUUGAGGCACAAGUUUCCUGCUUUCGAAGAACACAAAGUUCUCAACUUUCGCGAGAUUUUUCCAGAAUGGCCGGCUGAUUAUGUUUAUAAAGAGCCUCCCAAGAGCCCGCCGCCUCUGGUCCCUACCAAGCUCGAGCUGGAAAUCGAUGUCGACACAUCUAAGCUGUUCCGCAUCCCCGAUUCUGCUCUUGCUGCAACAUCUAAGAGAUCCCAGCAGCAACAGUAUGGAGACAGCACGCCUUGGAGCAACAUCACUGGCCCUGCACUCAUGAACUUUGAUGACGGGCUUUCUGAUUCCGAUGACGAGAAUGAGCUUGUUGGGGGUUAUUCCAUGACUGAGAUCGCCACCAUCUGCGAAGACUGGGAGAAUAUCAACGAUCCUAUCACUUCGCUUCAAAUCAAUGGGCAUCUCACGCCACCCGAAGAAGAAGAUGAACCCAUGGAUGAUUGGGAGAGAGAGUUCCUGGGGGAUCGAAAGCCGCAACCCAAGCAGAAGCGUCGAUAUGAACCAGGUCUACCCCGCUUACCUGCGUACGAAACGCAUGGCAUUUCCAAUUUUCUCGAAAGUACAAGAAGAAAUGCUCAGUGUAUCGUGCUGGACCAGAACGACCCCUACCUCCUGAUCGAAGACAUGCAACAGGAGCGUCCUGCCAAGAAGGCCCGGACUGAGGAAAAGAUGAGAAGAAUGGCAAAUGGACAGCUUGGUCGCGAUGUUAUGAGCCGUUUCAACCACUCCAAUGAUGCAGCAUACGAAGCGCUCAAGGCCAACCAUAAGAGCAAGGUCAGGGCUACGCUGUCUAACCUGGAUGUGGAGCAUAGUAUGCCUGCCCAGAAGCUCGCCUUCCCGUUCUAUCGAACGAAACUCAAUGUGGAGUUUUGGGAGCACCACCGCCCCAAGUUUGACAUUGCCCGGUACAUCAAGUAUCAGAUCAAGUUCAAGAAACCUGCCAAGGUCAAACGCAAGGAGCUCAAGGGUAAACCUGUUGCCGAAGUGUACAAGACCAGCAGGGAUCUCAGCUUGAAUGACAAUGCGAAUAUUGUUCUCUUCGAGUACUGCGAGCAAUCUCCUAUCUUGCUGAAUAAAUUCGGCAUGGGCAGCCGGAUCAUCAACUACACCCGACGACAGGACGGCGACGAGGAAGACAAGCUUCCAAAGGCGGAGCUGGGUGAGACACAAACACUUCUGCCAGAAGACAAGUCGCCCUUUUCCAUAUUCGGAACAGUUGAUAUUGGGGAAGUCGUGCCUACGCUCCACAAUGCCUUGUUCCGCGCACCAGUGUUCAAGCAUGAACAGCGAAAUAAUGAUUUCAUUCUCGGCUUCAGCAUGACUGCGAGGGAUGCGCCACACUACUAUCUGAGAAAAGCCUUUAGUGUGCAAGUGGUAGGCCAGCAGAACGUGUUUCAAGAGGUUCCAGGCCCCCAUGCCAGGAUGAUUACAAGCACGAACAAGAAGCGAAUGAGGGCAAUCUGUGACCGUAUGGCAAGGCAUCGACCAACCCUGGAUAUCGAUAUUAGAGAAGUCACUUCGCAUGUCUUUGAUAAAGUGGACCCUCAAAAUAGGUACCCGCCCGGAGGAGAUUACUAUUCUCAUGGCAAAAUUGACCCAAAUGACAGACAAAAGAUGAAAGAGUUCUACGUCUAUGAUAAAGAGUCAAAGACGUGGAAAUAUAAGGAGGGCGAUGCGCCCAUGGAUGAGCGAACGAUUCGCCAGCAGAUCAAGCCCGAAGAUGUGGUACUCAUUGAAGCUACCCAGGUCGGCUCGGCCACAUUGCAGAAUGCAGGCUACGAUCCAAAGGCGCCUAGUUUUGCUGACGAUGACGACGAGCUAGGUACUGACAUUCCCCUGGUGGCCAAAUUGGCUCCAUGGGAACUGACCAAGAACUUCCUCGACGCUUGUCAAAGCAAGGCCAUGGUUGCUCUUCACGGCGAGGGUGAUCCCACUGGUCACGGUCUCGGCUUCAGCUUCAUCAAGACUUCGAUGAAGGGCGGGUACAUCAAUGCCGUCCAGGGUCCGCUUGCAACAAGUGCAGAUGCCAUUGAGCGUGAACGUAAGGCGAAUGGUGGCCACUCCUACAACGUCAAGAAACAAAACGAGAUGUACACUGCAGCCAUCAAGGAGAUAUGGGAAAGGCAGAAGCUGACACUCUCGGACUCCACGACCCAUGAGGAUGCGGAUGUUCUGGACACUGCAAACGAAGAUGACAGAUUCAAUCCACAGAAAUCUGCCGACCACACGUCUGCUGCCCACCUCGAUGAUGGUCGCAGUCAAUUGAGUCGCUUCAGCCAAAAUAGUCGAUCUGGCCGCCGCAAGCUGAAGAUCACGCGCAAGAAGAAGGCUGAAGAUGGCAGCAUCUAUACCGAGACCUUGGUUCUGGAUGACCCCCAGGUGAUUCGCAGUUACAUCAAGCAACGUCGGGAACUGGACGCUGCCAAGAGAGAUAUCUACGCCGCCAAACCCACGGGUGAUGCCGAUACUGAUCGGCUGCAAAGUAGAUUGAUCGAACAAGAGUUGUCUCGGCUCGAAAAGAAUGCCGAUCGCCGUCAAGUACGCGAAAAGCAGGGCAAAGGCAAGAGAAAAAAUGCCCAAGCCAACAUUGCAGGCUCCCCGAGCGCGUCUGGCCCUGUCGAUAAGACGGCGGGCGGCACGACUCGCAAAUGCGCAAACUGUGGUCAGAUCGGCCACAUCAAGACCAACAAGAGCAAAUGUCCACUGCUCAAUGGCACAAUCUCGACGGAUAAUAAUGCUGCUGAGCUUGGAGGUUUCGGCUCCUUCAGCGCGCCGGGUGCGGCAAACGACGACGACUAG